GUCUGCAAUUCAAUUCUGUGAAAGACCCGGUCAAGAAGGUUGUAAUAGUAGGUUAUAAGUGUGCUUGCAUCAUCUGCUUAGCACGACUAGGUUAUGGUACAGGUACUUUUCUUGAGAUUUGCGAUUUUGUAAUUUUAGUAGGGUGUAAAAUGUCAAAUAAUGAUAAAGAAAAAGACAGAGCUAUUCCUGGAUACAUGAGAUUUGUAAUUGGAGGUUUGGCUGGAGUGUCUGCUACCACAUUAAUCCAGCCCUUGGAUGUUUUGAAAAAUAGAAUGCAGUUAAGCGGUGAAGGUGGUAAAAAGAGAGACCAUUCCAAUACUUUCCAGGCUUUUAGAAACAUAGUAGCUAAAGAAGGUACCAGAGGGUUAUAUCAAGGUAUAUCAGCCAAUAUUCUAAGACAGGCGACAUAUACAACUACAAGAAUAGGGGUGUAUCAAUCCCUAGUUGAUCUCUUUGCUCGGGCCGGAUAUGAGGGGUUCUCGGCGCAAGUGUCUGCAGGUCUGCUCGGUGGCUUGAUAGGUUCUCUGGUUGGGGCACCUCCAGAUGUGGCUCUGGUACGCAUGAUGAGUGAUGGCCGACUUCCUGUGUCAGAGAGACGCAACUACAGACAUGUGGGUGAUGCCCUGACACGCAUGGUGUCAGAAGAAGGGGUGUUUGUGUUAUUGAGGGGUGUUGCCCCAGCUAUGCUCAGAGCUAUGAUUGGCUCAGUCUCCCAGCUGGUUACGUACACACAAACUAAGCACUACCUCAUAGACCAUGGUAUGAUGAAGGAUGACCCUAGGUGUCACUUUGUUAGUAGUUUAUUGGCUGGUCUGGUGUACACAACUGUGUCAAACCCCAUCGACAUGGCUAAGACUAGGAUUCAAACAAUGAAAAGUGUCGAUGGAAGGCCAGUUUACACAGGACUGUUCGACGUAUGGACCAAGACCAUCUCGAAGGAAGGCGUGCUGAGUCUGUGGAAGGGCUUCUCACCGUACUACAUGAGGAUGGCACCUCAUACGACUCUGCUGUUGUUGUUCACAGAACGAUUCACGUACAUUUACUCUGUGCACAUCCUGCAUAACAAAUCGUCUCAUGCGUUCUGACAGUUCUUGUUUAGCUGAUCAGUCUGGGUGUGAACGCCGUGAACAGUUUAAAAGGCAGCCGGUCGUUUGAAUGGCAAUGCCGUGUACCGUUUCGUGGUUAUUGGUAGAUGUCUGUGAUAUCCCCUUUGUCUGAAUUAAUUUCAGUAAAAAUACCUACUUUCAUCAAAGUUUUUAUAUAAAUUUGUCUGGUAGCUAAAGUGUAGAAUCCCAGUAAAUCAAUCAGAAUGGUGUACUGCACCAGUAAUAAGAAAGAUGUUUCAUAGUCAUUCAGUAUAAAUAGUCUAAAAUUAUAUUGGUCAUGUUAACAAAUUUAAAAGAAAAUUAACUAUCGUGGUCGCUAUCCAUAGUUGGGGCUGAUCCUAGUCUAUAGAUAUUCAUGUGGUCACUUAAAAAUGAUUGUGCAUUGCAGUUUUAAGGUUUUCCCUGUAUGGUGUUUAAAAUUUAAAAUUACUGAAAUUUUGUACAGACUUUGAUGUGAUUCCUCAAAUGUGAGUAAUGAAAAAUGAUAUGGAAGUGGUUCCAGUGAUGGGGAUAUCUUUCAAUGAAAAUCUCAAACGCUUACAGUGUCAUUUUAUAAUUUAUUAUUGGUGCAGGGUUGAUAGGUCUCUAUAAUCUUCAAAUCCAUAUCACCUCAGACCUAAAACUCUAUGCUUUACAUAAGUGCAUCUUAUAAAGUUAAAAGAUUAAAAGAAAUAUGAAAGCAAAGUUGUUUUUGUUGGAGAGAAGAGAAAAAUUUGGACAUUCCUAUUAUUUUCAUUUAAAAAAUAUUCAUUUCUGAUUAUUAACAAUAAAUUCUAUUGAAUUUGCGAGAUUUAAAAUGUGAAUGAUCUAUACCAACAAAUUUCAAAAUCAAUUAUGAUAGUUCUUAUAAAACAAAAUCUGAGUACUAAUUUUUAUUUUAGAUUGAGAAUGUAACCAUAAGGACCAAUAUAAAACUAGUGGCAGACGUUAAUUCCUAGAUAGAGUAUAAUUUUAUGGUAAUUAGUUUGUCUAACUGUAAAACAAAUAACAAAACAAAAACAAUAGCACAAUUGAUUAAACAUACUUUUGUUAAAUGUUAUUUAUUGCUUUUUGUUAUCUCCUAAUUGUCUAUGUGUUGUGUCUAAAAAAAAAAAAAAAACAUAUUUAGUAUCUGAUUUAAGAGCAAUUAAAACUAUAAUAUGAAUUAUAUUUGUUUUUGUGUCAGUGGCAUUCAACAUUGUGUUUUUAAGUCUAAGAUCAGUGGAAUUACUUUCCACCCUACUAGUACGAAAAUUGUGAUAGACUGUUGUAAGUUUAUUUUAGGAGUUAAAAUACAAGUUGCAUUUAACUGAAAAUAAUAUACAGUUGUUUGUCUUUUUAAAGAAGUUUGUUUUGUAACAAAUAUAGUUUUAUAAAUGU